AUGGCACGUAGGUUCAGCGAGGCAGAGAUACGUCUUCAAAAUUUUAAAGACGGCAUCAACGCAGCUGGUGUUCACGUACUCGAGACACGAGACAUUCUCAAGACAUUCCUGGAACUACAGCGCGAGGUCGAGAUGGGUACGGGCGUACAGAGCGACGAGUACAAGAAGAUUCUGCGGAGGCUCGAGGACCCGCUGCUGCUAUGA